AUGAUCUGUUGGGCAGCAACAUCUAUGCUGCUGAUGACAGAAUUCAGAGUCUAUUCCUUCACAUGCCAUCAAACAGAGUACAAGAUAGAGGAAAAGUGUUGUCCUUUGUGUUCUCCUGGCCACCGAGUUGAAACCGACUGUACAGAGAUUAGACCUACAUCCUGUCUGCCAUGUACAGAUAGGACUUACAUGGUCAUGCCAAAUGGACUGAGGAGAUGCACUCCAUGUUCUACCUGUGAUUCAGGAGCUGGUCUGAGGGAAAAGCAACAAUGCAGAAGAUCAGCAGACACAGUUUGUGAACCAAAGGAGGGAUUAUUCUGUACAAACUCUACAUUACAAGGAUGUGUUGUAACCCAGAAACACAAGAGCUGUAAACCAGGACAGUACAUCAGCAGGAUGGGAACAGCCUCCACAGACACAGAAUGCUUGAGCUGCACCAGUGGAACAUUUUCUAGUGGAACAAUGUUGACAUGUCAGCCACACACACAAUGUGAAAAAGAAAACCUUCAGCUGAUAAAAGCAGGAACAGCUUCAACUGAUGCUGAAUGUGGAGAAAAUGGUUCCAACAUCUUAGGAGUUGUGAUUGGUGUUCUGCAUCCAGGCUUACCGGGGUCAGCUCGUCCUGGGAACCAGGUCCACCUCCCUAUACUGGGACUGAUCCUAUACCAACGGACUGAGCUGGAGAUUGUGUUUCAGUUCUCCGUCUCACAAAUUGUUCUCCCAGUGCAAGCAGUGAUUGAGAUAGGAAGAGGAGCCAACAAGAGGAAGCAGGCUAAAGACCAGCGGAGGACUAAACCCCGGGACCGAGGAAAAAGCUCAAAGACUUCACGCCGCCAAGAAGUUCCACCAGCCACCAACCCUGGUUCCAGAUCCGACCAACUCCUCUGCCUCUACCCAACGCUCUCAACCCUGCCGCAGCCGACUUGGAGAAGAGACGGAGGUCAUUUAAUGACAAAGAUUCUGCACGUUCGAAAGACAACGAACCGCUCUGCUCCGCUUCUCUUCAGAAAGGGGACUUUGCUCCGGCUGGACAAAGACUCUGACCAAGGRCAUCUAAAGAUUACAGCUGCCGAGAACAAGAACCAUCGGGUAUGA